CACCAGAACGAUGGCUGAGAAAGCCAGUGCCACUACUGCCCUGCAGUGGGUAGAGCGUCUUUUGGAGCCGUCUGCGAGCGAAGACAUGAUGAUCGAAGCUGCUCAGGUGUUUUCACCAGGUCACUACUCUGACGUGGUGGACGAGAGAAUUAUAAGUCGUCUAUGUGGCUAUCCGCCAUGCAGUAACCCUCUAGGACCUCAGCCGCAGCAGAAGUACCACAUCUCACUGGCCCUGAAGAAAGUGUUUGAUCUGACACAGAGAAAAAAAUUUUGCAGCGUGGAGUGCUACCGAGCAUCAAACUACUAUGCUUCACAGCUGUCCAGUCUACCACCACCGACGAGAAUUGGAACUCCAGUUGUCAUAAAGUUUCUGCCACAUUCUGGCUCUAAGGCUGAGCAUUUCCAAACCAGUGAUGUGGUAAAACCACCACCAAUGACAAGCCCGGCAGAUGAUUUGGGAGUUGUUAUCAAAGAAGUGCCCAUGAAAGGUUUGUGUCAUGGGGGCAGGAACACUCCAACAAAUUGUAUUGUUACGUAUUAAACAGAAACGACUAGUAAACUUAGUGAACUACGAGUGACUGAUGAAGGUGAAGAUGCAGAGUCUGGAGAUAGUGAGCCGAGAGAUUCGGUACAUCUGGCACACCCGAAGCUGUCACCGGUCGGUCGUCUUCUCCACGCAUGUCCAGCUGGUGUACUCCCGACACCCGCUGCUUUGUGGAGCAAGCGAGACAACAGACACAUUCAGAGAGAGAUCCUGUCCAGACACCAGAAAGAGACAGUGGUAAAGUAUAUGCACCAUGUGUUGUGGAAGGCAGCAAAUGCAGCUGUGAUGAAGAGGCCUGUCAGGAGAGCGAGGAAGGAGAGGUGGAGGAGACAAGGGAAGACCUGGAUGAUGCAAAGGUCUUGCCACCUGUUCACAGCUCUGCACAAUCGCAGCUCCAGAGGACCAUCUUUGUGCAACAGUUGAGGAGAAAUGUCUCAAGUGUUGCAGUAGACCUUAGUCUCAUUACAGAUGAAGUUCUUCCCAGAAUAUUACAGCUGGUGUGGACGUUCAGGUUAUCAAGGCAUACAGUUAUGUUCAAGCCAGCAGAGUGGAAAGUUAUAAUUCUGAUUCUUAUACACAUUGCUGCUCCAGAAUGGAACACUGUCACAGGCAAACCGACUUCUGGAAUCAUCCAGGAGUGGUUGAGAGCUGUGGAUGCCACCAAUGCUGAUCUGAAUCUCAUGAUGAACAUUUUCAAUCACUAAGUGUUUGUGCACAAAGUUAUUU